ACUAUGUUCGCUGUCAGUCUGUUCAUUUGAUCAACGUUUAUGAUGAGGUAAGAACAAAUCUACCUAUUUAAAGUUGGCAUUUUGAUUUACUUUUUAGUUAAGGAAAUCAUCCAAUGAUAAUUACACAUUUUAAAUAAAACCAUAAAACCACUAAGAUAAAGUUAAAAUUUCAAUUUUAGAAGCUCAUUAGCAAUAUGCUAAAAAAUUAAUUCUUUACUAGAGAGGAAUACUUAUUUUUGGUUUGUUACAGAUAGAUCCACUGAGCUUACAAUUUUUUAUUAGUACUUUCCUUUAAUUGACAACUUUGCAAAAGAAUAUUUUUUUUCUGUAUAUACUUCCAACAUAGUCAAAGGUGUGAAAGCUCCUAUUCAUUAAUGUUAAUUAAAAUCUAUUAUUGUGUGUUUGGGUCUAAAGUUAAAAAAAUAUAAAUAUUUCUAUUAAAAAUUUUUAAGAUUUUUCGAAACGAGUUUAUACUUUUGAACUAUCUUCAGAUCAUGAAGAUUGAGCUAGGGUAUAAAGAGACAACGCUGAUGGAAACUUUUAAAAAGCUCUACAGCCUUGCCCAAAGGGCCAGAAAUAACAUGUUUUCUGGAGACAUAGACAUAACAGCCAAGAAUCUGCAAAUGAUAGCUAGCAUUGCUAGAGAUUUCCCUCCCUUGUUGACUGAAAUGUUUAACGUAACGGUAAUUAUAAAAAUUGCUAAAAUUAUAUCUAUUUAUAUGUGAGUAAUUUUUCCAAAUGCUUAUGAAUCAAAUUUGUAAUUGAGUGAUUUGAGAUUUUAUAUUUUUAAGCAUUUUAAUUUCUUUUGAAAAGUGUUGACAUACAGCAAAUGAGCUGAAUUUUAAAAAAUCUAAAGUAAAUAUUUAAUGCAUAAUUUACUUCAUUAUCAUUUUUCUGUCACAAAAAUUUAUUUAAAAGACAUUUAAAAUAUAUAAAUGUAAAUUCAAAGCGAAUUGUUUCAGGACUUAGUAAAUUUCUGCAAUAUACUGCUAGAGGAGACAUUCAACAUGACAAGAGAUGAAAAAAAGGUUUGAUAAUAAGAUUUAUUUUAUUUAACAACUUGGCAUGAAAUAAGAUGUUGACUUAAUGUAUGUAAACCUGCCUAUUAGGGUUAUUACAACUGGCAGAGGAUCUUUUAUUCUGUUGCUAGGCUUUUGUAACAAAGACCCACUAACUGGAAAAGCUUACCAAAAUGAAUUAGCACAACUAGAAGCAUCACAGGAGGAUAUAAACAGAAUACAACAUAAAUGAACAGUGGGAUAGGAUUUAAAAAAUGCUAUGAAAAGAUCAGCAGAAAAAGUAGUAGGAUUUCAGCUAACAGAAGAGUAUGCUGGUUUGAUAAUGAAUGCAGAGAGACUGUCCAAGUAAGGAAAAAAGCACGAAUAAUCAUGAUACAAAGGGAAACCAGAAAGACAAGACAAUCAUGCAAGGAAGCCAGAAGGAAAGCCACAAAAUGUGUGGGAAUAAAAAGAGGGAAUGGGAAAAAAUGGAGGAAAAAAGCCCAUGACUGAUGAAUUGAAUUGGAGAGAUGUUGUUUCAUUAACUGCAUUAAUAUAUAUAUUCAUUUGUUUUAUAUAUAUAAAACUGCGUGGCCGAAUGGUCUCAAUUCCAGCCAAAGGCCGGUCAAGCAAAAACAUCACCCCGGGUGGAUGAGACUCGUUAACCUUGGUCGGCAACUCAUCUAAGAGAAGGAAACUCUGAAUUCAAACCUGGAGUUGGAGUCCCGUAAGGCGCAUACAAUGACAAUUCCUGCAUCCGUACAUAUACCUGGUUGUCUUGACGUUAGAGUCUAGCCACUGGAUAUGAUGGGCCCGGACGAGAGAGUGAGGUUGACGCCGCGCAACUCUUCCUCACUUUAAACAUAAGAAAAUAUAUAUAUGUCCAGUGUUUUUUUUGGUAAAAGUAAUAAUUUAAAAAAAUAAUUAAAUGAUGCCAGUACUCACUCCUUGUUGAUCAUUUAGGGGCCCUCCAUGAUUAUGUCACGCAUUGGGAAAAUCAAAAAGGCAUUGCUAAGGGUGGGCAGAGGCGGAACAGGGAGGGGCUACAUAAAUGGGCUCAGAUGGUACUUUAUUGAUGAAAAUAAUGGGUUUCAAAGUUGAGGAAUAAAAAAAAAAAAAAAUUUUGUGCACUGGGGAGGGGAUCACAAUUUUUUUGAGUGUGUCUAGAUUGUGUGAAAUUUGUGAUGGGGAGAGAAGGAAUAGUAAAAAAAAAACAACCUUUGCGGCAGGUCAAAAAUACCAUCCUUCAAUAUAAAGAAACAAGAACUUGGUGCCGUCUGGGGUGGACCGCUCCCUCCACACACCACCCCCCCCCCCUUUUCCUACAUUCCGAUAUAAAACAACCUUUGCGGCAGGUCAAAAAUACCAUCCUUCAAUAUAAAGAAACAAGAACUUGGUGCCGUCUGGGGUGGGCCCCUCCCUCCACACACCACCCCCCCCCCCCCUUUUCCUACAAGAAAGUUUAAUCACCAUGCACACAACCACAAUGGUCAGUUUUGUAACAAAACAAUGUGUGAACAAAACGUAAGGGUGCCACCAGCAGUAAGCACAUAUCAUGUGACCAGAAAACCAAUCACCAGACAAACAGUGCCAUGACAACCAAUGCAGAUGGAGACCCAUGAAUCAGACUAAACACACAAGCAGCCCACAAAAGAUGUUUCCUUAACCUGCUUUGCUCAACAGGGUGAUAUUAAGUCAAUAUGAACCCAACAUUAUUUCCCAAAGUUACUUGGAAAAUCCGUAGAAAAAAGGUGUUGGUACGUCAGAUGCUUUCUAUGACAAAAAAAAGCAGUGUUAAGGCCUGUGUGUACUUGUAUAUAUUUUAUAAUACAUUUUACAACCUCUUAAAGUAUAUUAUUAUUAUAAUGUGAGUAAAAAAUAAAGAAGUCAAAGAUUCAAUGCAAUGAUGGCUGAUAUUGUUUAUUCCCAGGAACUUCUUCUUGGCAUAAGACUGAUUCAGGUGUUUGAGAUUUUGAUAGAUCUGAAGAGAGUUAAGUUGGUUAACAUAUCAGAUGUUCAGAGUGAGAAGAUCAGUGAGUGAAAUAAAUUUGAAAAGCUUUUUUUUUUUUAACUUGCAGGAAUUAUUCAAAUUCAUGUUAAUAAUUCUUUAAAAAUUUAUUAUGCACUAAAUGUUCAAAUAUGUUUUUCAAAAUGCUGAUAACUAUUACACUUAUAUUUAAAAAGUUAGUUUUAUGUUUUGUACAUUUUUUUUAAAGAUGCACUAGAAAAAAAAAAUUGAUCCUUACUUUACCUGAAGUUUUAAUAAUUUUUUUUACUCUUUUCAUCAUCAGAAAUGCAAUUAAUGAUGAUGAAAUCCGUUGAAGAUAUGAAGAACAUGGUAACAGAUGCAGUUAUUGGGAAUAUUGAAAAAUGUAAAUACAAAAUGCAAAAAAAAUUAUUUUUCUUCUUACUUUUUAGCAGGUUAUGUGAUGUUUACUUCCAUCAAAAAAUAAAUACAAAUAUAGUGUACAAUUAUCCAUGUAUCACCUGAUUCAUGAUUGGUUACAAAGAGUGUUAAAAUUUGCUUGUUUAUGUCAACACUGGUUGAAACCAACAUGUUAAAUAUGUAAGCUUUUAUUUUUUAGGUUGGAGUUAAGAAGGGAUUUAAAUAAUUUUCUAAUUAUUCUUUUGUGUUGACCUAAUCUUUUAGCUCCUGUGACUCUCAAACCUGUAAUGGUUAUCAGGUUUGAUCAAGUAAUUUUGCCCUUGCUAGAAAGAGAAGGAAGAAAAAUGUAAGUUAACAAUAUUCUUAAGCUAAAAAUUUUGAUGCUUUUUAAAAAGAAUAUUAUUUGUUACUCAAUUGAAAAAUUAUUUAGAUUUGCAUUUUUUCCCUUGUUCUUAUUAUUUGAUAAAAAAAAAAGAGUCCCAUUUGAUUUGGGCUGUUGAAAAAAAAUAAGGUUUGUGCACAGGUUUUUUUUUUUUUUAAAUGCAUUGGGGAGUAAUUUACUUAGGUUUUUACCCAAUAAUAUUUUAUUGUUUUUUACUUUUUGACGGUUUUUUUCAUUUUAAUUAAAUUAUUUAGAUUUGCAUUUUUUCCCUUGUUCUUAUUAUUUGAUAAAAAAAAAAGAGUCCCAUUUGAUUUGGGCUGUUGAAAAAAAAUAAGGUUUGUGCACAGGUUUUUUUUUUUUUUUUAAAUGCAUUGGGGAGUAAUUUACUUAGGUUUUCACCCAAUAAUAUUUGAGUGAUCUUUACUUUGAGACAGUUAUUAUCAUUUUAAUAUAGUAAGUCUGUUACAAUUAAUCUCCCUUUGUUUUAUUUUCCUUAAUGCAGACGACCAAGUUUAAAUUCUAAAAUAUUAAUUGAUUUGAUGAAACUAUGAUGUCUUGAGUCAUUUUUUUUUCACUUAUAGUGAUCCCAAUGAGAAUUUCUUAUCCGAUGUAUUCUCUUACCUGCCACUGAAUCGAGUCUCUGGAAAUUAUGUUAUUAACAUGACACACAGGCAACUGAAUGUGGUGAGUUCCUUUGAGUUGUAAAAUUAUAAUUGACAUAUUCGAUAGGCUGUAAUAUAGAGUACAUCGGAAUUAAAUAUAAUAUAUCCCUGUAGCUGCAUUAUUGAAGAUGAUUUAAUGGUAUGUAGUUUAACUGUUUCUUUGUUAAGGAGAAUGUAUUGCUUUUUAAAACUUUUUUAUAAACUUCUAUACCUUCUAUUUUAAUUUGUUUUUUAUAAGUCAAACUUAAGUUAUUUGUAAAAAAAAAAAAAAAAAAAGAUCAUCAUAUAUAGACUAAUAUAAUAUUUUUAUAUUUUUAAUAUCUGUUUUGAGAAUUCAUUAUUGUAAUUUUUUUAUAUCUUGUCAGCACUAUUCAAAGAAUACAACCUUUUGUUUUUCAUGGCAACUUAGCAAAUCGUAAGUACUUUUAAAUUCUUUGUGUAAAUUAUUUUUAAUUAAUAAUUUUAAGCAACGAUUGUCUUUGACAGCACUAUUAAUUGUUUUUAAGUUCCUGAUUUCUGUAUUGCAGAGAGUCACCUACAGGACAAUGGUUCAAGACAACCUGUGCUUUAUUGGAUUCAUCAGCUAAUUACACCAGAUGCCUUUGUCCAUUGCCUGGUCACUUCACUGUUGUAUCAAUACCAGCUUCUCAAGUAGUCAGUAUUUAUUAUUUAGUUGAUACUGAAUAAAAAAACAAGAAAUAAUACAUUGAAACUCAAGAUUUACAGAACACUAAAUCAAGAUUUUAAUUAAUGCUAUUUCUUUUAAAUGAUUUAUGGACUGUUAUUCAUAAAAAAAUUUUUUAAAACAAAACAAUUUUAUCAUGUGUUAAAAAUAUAGAUUCUGUUCUAUUAUCUGAUUGAAAGUUCUUUAAGCCAGUGGAGUUUUGUAAUUAUGAACCCUUACAAGAAUAUAAAGGGAUAUCAUUUAGCUAUGUGUAAAAAUUAAAAUAAUUUACAUAAAAAAUUAAAUAAUGUCACAAGUUGAAAGAUGGGAAUUAUCAUUUCAGCUCAUUCUAGAGCUCAAUAAUAAAUGUUGAUAAGGGAUUUAUCUUGAAAUUUUCAGUCUUAAAUGCUGCUUAUUUUAAAUACUGCUUUAAGUUUUAUGAAAUCAGAUGGCACUGUUUUCUCUUCUUAGGAAUUUGUGACAGAGGACCCACAGUCUCAUCUAGUAUUAUUCAUGUCAUGCAUUUUGUCCAUCACAUGCCUGCUCAUUGUUAUUGUGAUAUAUCUGAGAGCUUGGAGGUAGGCCCCUGUAGUAAACAUAAUGAAAGCAAGUUUAAAUUUAUUUAUAUUAUCUGAAACUCAAACCAGAUUAAUUAAAUUUUUUUUCAAGCAUCAUAAAAAAAGGCUAAUUUCUUCAUAUACUUGGAGGGCAUCCUUAAAUGACUUCAAACAUCUAAGGGGCAGGCAAGGGUAAUGAAUUUGUGAUAUGUUGUGUGUCUAAAUGCUUCUUAAAAUACGGGAUUUUUUGGAUGUAAAAAAUCUGCUGAAAUUGCAUGAUGUCUGAUAUAGAUGCCACCUUGUUGAUAAAUUGUCCUAGUUUUUAAAUUCUAAUUUUGCUUCGUAAUUUACUUUUUAGCUUCCUCUGGGAUGUAAAGAACAAUAUUCACUUUAACUUCACUCUGUCCAUUACCGGCAUCAAUGUUGUGUGCCUUCUAUGCCUGGCUCACCCAAAGAAUGAGGUAGACUAUUACAUUUCAUUUAUUUCUUAAGAUGUCUUAUAGUUUAUAAAUUUUUGCAACUGUAUUUAUUGUUGCCAAGAAAUAGAUGGAGAAUCAGUAGGCCGCUGAAAGUUUUAUGACAGUAAGUAUAACUGUAAUGUAAGAUUAGCCCAUAAACUCUGAUACCAGUAUCAUAUUUAUUGAUUUUAUACUAUGACCUCUUCCAAUGGAUGUAUUUUUCUUUCACCAGCUGAUGUGCCUGUCUGGGAAGAUAUUUCUCCAGUUAUUUACACUUUCAGCAUUCACAUUCCUUCUUCUGGAUGCCAUCAAAAUUUUCACAGACAUUCAUUCGCGGUCUCAGGCACGAACUUUAGUCAGAACACUUAAAUUUGUUAUGACAGGAUGGGGUACGGAAACUGUUUAUAUUUCAUAA